AUGGAUUUGUCCAGGCCGACAAAUUUUAGCACAUUUUUCCGCCAGAUAUCCUCUCCAACUGCUGUUACACAUAGCGUCUACUGCAAUAUAUUGCAUCCAAGACAUCGAAACCUUGUAAUAGUCCGUGGGAACUUGUUGGAAGUAUAUGAUAUUCGUGGCGAUAGUGGUCACGAAUAUCUUGCUUAUGUUACAGGCAUAUCUUUGUAUGAAGAGGUCAAAGCCAUCUCAUCUGUUCAUUUUUGUGGCGACUCAUUGGAUUCAAUACUGCUGAGCUUCAGCGAAGCCAAGGUGUCGGCAUUAUCUUUUGAUAUCUAUACUUAUGAAUUUAAAACGUGUUCUUUGCAUGCAUAUGAACAAUCCGCCUUGAGGGGUGGCAGGUUACAGUUUACAAGAACCCCACUACUUCGUGUUGAUCCACUUCAAAGAUGCGCUGUCACGCUGGUGUAUGACAGGUUCUUAGCUGUUUUACCAUUUCGACGCGUGGAUGCUCUCAUCUCCCCAUUGCAGUCCAUUGAUCAAUGUGCUACACCAGUGGUCGAUUCUCCAUGGCAGGGUAAAGCAAAUGCCCCCAUUUUGUCCACCUUCACUACCUAUCUCAGCACAUCGACUGGUGAACCAAUAAACCACGUGAUAGAUAUGCAGUUUCUCUUUGGAUUUAAUGAACCCACUCUUCUUGUUCUUUAUGAACCUUCUGGAACAUGGACGGGCCGAGUUUCAGUGCGGCGUGACACAUGUUGCAUAGUUGCUCUUUCAAUAAAUCUUCAGGAGCGUACUAAUCCAAUCAUUUGGUUCCAAGAGUUACUACCGUAUGAUUGUCACACAGUCCUGCCCAUUCCAAUGCCAAUUGGAGGAGUGAUCGUCCUUGCUACCAACUCAAUCAUCUACUUGAAACAGACCCUACCAUCCCGGGGACUACCGCUGAAUUACUACACCAAGGUUUCAACUAAUUUCCCAUUUCGUCAAGAGGUGCCCCCGUGUGGACCUCUCUCCUUGGAUGGCUGCCGCGCCAGCCUACUGCCAUCUUCAGAAAUCCUCAUAGUAACUAGAGAAGGAGCAUUCUAUAUUCUCACGCUUUUAUUGGAAAAAGCGAAUAACACAGUCACGGAAUUAUUCCUUUCCAAAGUUGGUUCGUACGUACAAGCGGAAGUCAUUACGGUAAUGGACAAUCAGUGGCUAUUUUUCGGAUCGUGUCUAUCAGACUCAUUGCUUAUGAAAUUCAACGUAACCCAGAAGUCUGUAAAUAACGCUGAGUUGCCGAAAACUGUUUCAAACAUUGUGAACGGCGAGAACGAUGACACUGAGCGUCUCGCUAAAAAGUCUCGAUCAUCACCAGAAUCAGAAGCCCUCGGGGCGACAGUGGACUCGACUGAGUCUGAUCCCACGGACGUCGAUUUGUAUGGACCCAAUGCCUUGAGGAAGCCGACGAGAUCGUUUGUGAUAAAUGAUUACGCAUUCACGAUACUAGAUACUCUUCGAAAUAUCGGCCCCGUGACAUCUAUCACAGCCGGCGAAGUGCCUUGCUUAGCCACCGGGCAAACCGACCCUACAGACGAAUCGCUGACUCAGGCCCAAGCAGAACUCGCACACACCGAACUCAUCGCCUGUUUAACUCGAAAGUCCGGCGUGGGGUCGGCAAUUCUCCAACUGCAUCGCAGUGUACGUGCACGAGGUCUCACUGCCUUUGAGCUACCCGAGUACAGUAGCCUCUGGUCUCUCUAUGGCCCACCCAUCGGAACCUUUACUGAGCAAAGGAAAGCCGAGAGCGAUGAAUUACAAAAUGAAGAAAUUACACCUCUAUCAAUGAAAGCGGAAGAAAAGGAGAGCGGUGACCCAAAUGACAACGGAGAAAUGUUUGACUAUAGUGUAGUACCUCAGUCCACCAAAGAUGAGCAGUUACCAUCUGACGCUGACGAUGUGCAGUCCACCAAUACAUUUCCAGUUCACAGCUAUCUCCUUUUAACAAGAGAAGAUUCCUCAAUGAUUCUUGAGGUGGGUAAAGAGAUUGUGGAAUUGGAGGUGAGUGGUUUCAAGACAACGGAAAACACUGUGAUUGCUGCAAACUUGGGAUUUCAAACCAUGCGUACAGAGCAAGAAUGGAAUCUCGAAUCAGCUAAGGAUGGCGAAAAGGAAUUGGAAGUUGGCUUAGAUUACCCUUACAUCAUACAGGUCUGUCCAACUUCCUUCCGUCUGCUGAAUGGACCCCACUUGGUCGAGGAACUGCACUUGACCAAUGACUCACGAAUCAGUCUUGCCAGCGUCGCAGACCCUUACAUUCUUGUGAGCACCGAGGAUGAUGAUCUCAUCUUAGUUGCUCUCCAAGGUCAUUCUGUAAGUGACUGCGAUCGACGCAGGCAAGUCACAGAAAAGGAGGCAGGUCAAAAGCAUCGUUUGCUCAUUGACCGCGACCCCAAUGACCUUCUCAGAACCACCUCUGAGAGCCUCCCAUCACCUCGACACUUAGAACUCAGUUGGCCCAAGGUUACUCAGAUUGCUCCACCUAUUUGUUUUUGCCUGUAUCACGAUGAAACGGGUCGGCUGGCUCAAUGGCUUGGUCGAAAUGUUGACCCCAAUUUACUGUGGAAUGCGCCCAAAGGUGCCACUGAGAAAGCUAAGGCAGCGAAUAUCAACGACCCUAUCAAUAACUUGAGUUCUCUCGAUGAAGAGGAUAUACUUUUGUAUGGACAAGUGCUUGACGUUUGCAAGAGGGAAAGACGCGUCGGUCGAACGCGUGCAGAUAAGGAAAACACACAGCUUUCCUCGGAUUUUACUAUGGAAGAAACUGGACCUAGAGAAACGACCUCCAUGUACUUCGCAUUUAUCGUUUUUUCAAAUGGAGUUCUUGAGAUUUAUAGCAUACCCCUGUUUGUAUGCCUGUUCGAGAUGCGACAAUUCAAUGAGCUUCCCAAUCUUCUAGUGGAUUCAUUAGGUAUGCCUGAAGUGGAGAAGACAAAGCAAGCUGGCCUGCCAGUGGAAAGUGAGGAUCUACCUCCGCCGAUUCGUGAAAUCGCUGUUUUUCCAAUGGAUCGUGAGCAAGGACGACCAGUUUUGUUUGUGCGAACCGAUCGUGAGGUGGUCUGUUACGAGGCUCUCUGCGCACUCCCCGACGAGGCUGUCCCGUUGACUCCAAUGCCUCCUAAUCAAGCCCUGACCGAUUGCGUCCACUCUCGUUGCUUGCUGCGUUGGAUACGUUUGCCUGUGUCGUGCCCUCUGAUGGCUCCCAGUAGACUUCGAUCGGAUCCCCGCGUUGUAGACAUUCAGGCAAAACUGCUCAGCAAGUCCAACGUCUUGCACCCCUUCGAGUCUAUCGGCGGCCACAGAGGUAUCUUCGUUUGUGGCAGUCAUCCCGUUUGGAUGUUUUGCAAUCGCCUUGGUCACAUCAACGUAUUUCCCCACACCAUUGAUGGCAUCAUCACGAGUUUUGCGCCUCUCAAUAUCGCCUCCUGCCCUGACGGAUUCGUCUAUUUCACCCACACGAACGAAAUGAAGCUGGCCACUCUGCCUCCAGGCUAUUCAUAUGAACAGAGACUUGGUAUUGGUACAAUUCCUGUCAACGGAUGCCCACAUUUUGUCCAGUAUCAUCUUGAAAGCAAGACGUACGUGGUUAUCUCCAGCACAGAGGCUGAGUGCCGCACCAUAGUGCGUUUGAAUGGGGACGGCAAUAAGGAAGAGGAGUUGGUGGACCGUCCAGACACGUGCAUCUUCCCCAAAAUCGACGUCUUCAAAUUGCAGGCCCUCGCCUCACUCCCAGCCGACAAUUUGCGAUCUGCUCCACGGUUUGAAGUCGUCCCGAAUUCCACGCUUGAGUUCGAGCCUUUUGAAUCAGUGUCAUGUCUGGUGACCGUGCAAUUAUCAUCUGAUCUGACCUUCGAUGAGACAAAGGACUACCUUGCGCUUGGAGCUAAUUUGUCCUAUGGGGAGGAGAUUCCUGUUCGGGGACGCAUUAUUUUAAUCGACAUCAUUGAGGUGGUGCCGGAGCCGGGUCAACCUCUCACCCGACACAAGGUGAAGACGGUCUAUGAUGGAGACCAGAAGGGUCCGGUCACUGCACUGACUAGUUGCCAAGGCUACCUCAUCAGUGCGGUGGGGCAAAAGAUUUACAUUUGGGCGCUGAAAGGCGGUGAUUUAGAGGGUGUCGCAUUCGUUGACACCGAUCUCUACAUUCACACCCUACUUUGUGUGAAUAAUCUCAUUUUGGCUGCAGAUGUGCUCAAGUCAAUCCAAUUACUUCGUUUCCAGUCAAAUAUGCGAGUUCUCUCCCUCGUUUCACGAGAUACCGCCUUUCGUGAGGUGUUUACUGCCAACUUCUUUGUGGAUGGAGUCAAAUUGGGCUUCCUUGUUACGGACAAUCUGGGCAAUCUAAUGGUGUACAGUUACGAUCCUGAGGAGUUGGCCAGCUGCUCUGGCCGCCGUCUCGUGCGUCGAGUGGACAUGCGUUUGCCCUCAGUGGCCACAGCAUGUUUGCGUGUGGGUAAUCGUUUCCGGCACCCAUUGCUCGCUGUCAAAGCUCUCCAAGCUGAGGCGAAUGAGCUUCGACGAAAUCGCAACAAGCUCACAACACCAGCAGUUGGAUCGGGUCUUCUAGCCGCCCUGGAGUAUGAGAGGACGCGACAUUCUGUCUAUCUCGGCACUAGGAAUGGUGCUCUCUACCUCAUUACCCCGAUACGUGAUAAAAUGUCUAGCCGGCUAAAGAUUGUGGAAAAGAAUUUGCUUCAGUGUAUCGGCUGUACUGCCGGGCUGAUCCCUCGUGUCUGUCGGCAAUACAGCCGGCCCUUACCUGAGCUCAGUAAUCCUUGUAGAAACGUUGUGGAUGGUGACUUGAUACAGCGUUACCUUCUGCUACCUCACGGGCUACGUAUUGAGGUGGCUAAAAAGUCUGGACAGAGUUUGAAUUCGACGAAGUUAGAUCCCAUUUAUAAACUCUAUCGAGGCGAAGAAGAGUUAUUUUAUUUCCCGUUGGCGGAACUACCGACCACCAGCAAAUUGGACAAUUUUGCUGACAGAGCACUCUCCAUCGAUCCAUGGCCUGCUUACGCAACAGAACGUACUAAUACUGAUACGCAAAUUCUUAGAGUUGGGAACCGGCUUCUAGCUCAGUCCAAAGAGCAGUCCAAGCUAAAGCCUCCCCCAAAACCGAGAUUUUUGAUAUUACUUGAGAAUAAAAUUAUGCGAGACAUGAAAAAACUGGGGAUUUCUGAGGACACGUCAGAUCCGCUUCGCCUUCAGGAGCUUCUCUGGGUUGCCUCUUUCGAUGCGGAUAAACGUGUUAACGAAUUUCAAAAUCGCGAAAAUACGGAAAUUGACUUUUUAAAGUCUGAAAGGAAUCGUGACAAAUUUAAGUUGGACAAAGUGCAACAGGAGUGCGUCGAGUUACAAGUGACGGUCUCAAAACUGAUGGAGCAGCUGGGGGCCAGAGAGGAGGCUUGCAGCCUUGAAGCAGAUGGAAGAAAGUUACUCGUUACUGAAGUGAACGACAUCAACUCCAGACUGCGCGAACUUGAGGCCCUGACUCGGGCUGACAUGGGGCGCAAUACCGAUGAUCCUAUUAAGCUGAAGAUUUUAGUCGGAGAAUACGAAAAAGCCCUCGAGCGAGCCAACACAGAGCUCAACAGAUAUCGUUCAGAUUUUGAGGAAAGGGUGCCACGAGUGAAGUAUGAAGAAGCGAAGAAGCAACUUGAAGCGAAGACUAGGGAAGUUGACUCUCUCAACGAGGAGCUAGAGAGCGCUGCAAGCCGUUACAGCCUACUAAAGGAUCACUGUGAAACCCUAAACACGUGGCGGGAUCUCUACAACUCUCAAAUUCUCUACAUUACUCGUGUCUUGGCUGCUAAAUCAGAUGCAGCCCAGAAAGUGGAAUACAUAAAUGCCUUGCUUUUUAAGUACCGGAAGAUAGCGCGUGAAAAGACACCCGAACAGUUAGCCGACUUUGUGACGCAUGACCUGGCAAAAGCUGAAGCCGGUGGUCUCCCCUCUCUCACUCGGCCGACUGUUGGCAGAAAUCGGUCCAAACCCGAAGACACUCGCGCUGGAGAAGUUUCAGGAUCUUCGUAA